AUGGCUCCUAUUGGAUCAACGAGUCAGAAACACUCGGCAGAUAGAAUCAAUCAUAUCGAGACAAAGACAGCCUCGCCAGCAAAAAUAGCAAACGACGGUCCACUAUCGCGAACAGAUAACUUUAAUUCUAUUGCAGAGAAUGCACAUCCAAGCUACCGAGCGAAGGCCAGAGCAGAAAUCUUGCUGCAGGCAUUGUACCGCCAGAUCAAUAUGUGUGCCCAAGUCCAAUUGCUGAGUGCCCGGUUCACUCGUUCGAGCCGGGAAGUACUGACGGACAAAACGAGAGAGAAGGACAUGCUGAGUCAGAAAUAUGCUGUGAAAGCACUGGGUUUGGUCAUGGAGGCCAAGGGCAAUAUGGUCGGAAGAAAGCGGCGGAAAUCUGUGAGAACUGCAUCUCAUCAGGGUACCAAGAGGUGCCAGAGGUCGGGGACACCCGAAAUACUCAAGACAGCAAAGAGACGCCUGACUCAUGCGUGGGAAUGUUUUAAAAGAGACCCAGAGGUGUUUUCAAUAUGCGCACGUUCAAUGGCAUUCAGGGCAGCUCUUUUGAACGAGCCAGCACUGGUGUGGGACUCGUUCGAAAACCUUCUGAAGGAGAAUUUUGUUAGUAUCCUGGCAUUUGCUCAGACAAGGCGCCUAGACACCAAAGCAUUGCUUCCCCAUGACGGCCCUAUCCCGCACCCUAUACAGACGGGAGGGAGGAGUGUAGGGACACUGCAUCCGCAUGAGGUUGUGGUCAACCUCAAAUGCCAGUAUCUAAAACGACCACGUUUCGAAAGUCAUUAUCAAAAGAACAUAGGGAAUUACAAAAUACAUUGGAAAUGCGGAGGCGUCGACCCAACCUUACGCAGGCCCGCAGAUGGGAAGUGCGACGUGUGUUCAUCAGAAAAACCCUGUGAUUGCAUAUAUCCACGAUAUGCCGCCUUGUUUCUCGAGCUGAUUGAAACCGCAGAUGGUCGAGGCACUGGAGUGCGAACUCUCACCAACUUCCCCAAGAAUACCAUGUUAGGCGCCUAUAUGGGAGAAAUUCUAUUCAAGGACGAGUGGGAGUACGAUACGGUGUAUUCCCUACAGCUCAAAGCCAAGACGAAUUAUGGAACCGUGAGGGCAAUCAUCUGUCCCAAGCGAUAUGGCAAUUGGGCUCGAUUCGUGAAUCACUCCUGUGACCCGUCUGUCGACUUCGUUUCCCGCACGAUCGGAAAACGAAUUUACAUGAUGAUGGAGACGCGGAGGGACAUCAAGGCGUUCGAGGAGAUUACCGUCGACUACGGCAAACAGUACUGGAGAAGCAAACAAAAGCAGUGCCUCUGCAGGUCACAGUCUUGCAAAGACAAGGAUAAAACGAUACCUCAGAACGUACCGCAUCCGGUACCAGCCAUACCACGCGACAACCCCUAUCGAAAUUGGAACCUGAGACCAGAAAGUGAGGAUAUAUAUGGGAUGUGGACUGAGUGGGAACGACGCUGGGAGAAGUCUUAUUUUUACUUAAUGGCAGCACGGCGCAGCACAGGCAAUCUCAUAUAUAACGUCGGAUGA